AUGGACUUUAAUGUGAUGACCGACAAGAGUGCCGCUGGGGCUGUUGGGGCUGCUCUGGGCUUAUCAUUUGAUCCCUUGGGUCCGCCUGCUCUUCGUUUAGUCUGCGGGGUGAAGGAGGAGAAGCUGCAAGACGGUUACGAUCGCUUCUUGCGACCCGUCCCUUGGGUCAACCCGCCCCCGCAUCUUCAGCGGAGCAGCUUCAGAGCGGCCGACGCUGUUCACAGACGACCCAAGCGUGAAUGGGGUGUGCGGAAGUCGUUCGACACAAGCGACCCAGAUAUUCACAAAAUCGUUCAGGGUAUUUUGUUCGAUAUAAAUGCCACCGUCUUGGAAGCCGUCGAAGCAAAGAAACGCGGAGUUGGGAACACUCUUUGCAACCUCUUCGAGGGCCUACCCGAUGUCCCCGAUUUGUCAGAGCCUUCCCAACCGGCUUCAACCCGCCUCCGACCCCGACCGACUGUUGCGUGGCCCUCAUCUCGUCAGCAACAACUGGCACUCCCUCCGGUCGAUCCCAGGGAGACAGCUGGUGAGCCGUCAGGACGUGCUGGGGGCGGGUCUGUAGUUGAGCUCAGUCCAGAGGAACCAGAAAGUACGAGCGAUGAGGAGUCGAAGCAGGAGAGCGAGGAAGAGGAAGAGGAUGAGGUUUUGGGCAAGGAUUGA